AUGUCGGAUACAGUUGAAAUUCAUUGUGGCGUCCCACAGGGGUCAAACCUAGGUCCUUUAUUAUUCAACUUAUAUAUUAAUGACCUUCCAAACUGUCUACAGACAACCAAGGCUUCCAUGUUUGCGGAUGACACCAACCUUCCUUGUAAGGAGCAAUCAUCUGCAGACAUUGAAUGCAAAUUAAACCGCGACUUAGACAAUAUUCAGAAAUGGCUAAUAAGUAAUAAGUUAACAUUAAACCUUACGAAAACUAAGUAUAUGCUUAUUGGAUCACAACAAAGGUUAGAUAAAAUCCUCGAAACUCCAAAUAUACUAUAUGGCGAACAUCAGAUAAAUAGGGUAAGGGAAAAAGUGUUCUUGGACUCAUAA